GAAGUAGUUGCGGCAUCUUGACCCCUUUGCACGCUGGGAAAUGGAAACCUUGUGAAGAAACGUGGAUACCAUAAGAAUAAACAAUUAUAAAUGUAACUAUUAUCAGUCAGAGAGACUUUAGCUUGAAUUUUAGUCCAUCUGGAUUUCAUAACUGGAUUCCUCAGUGUGGCUUCAAGAUGGGGAAGAAGGCACCGAAAAAGAGGAAUCUGGCCGACAAGGUCCGUAAAACCAAGACAGCCGCCGAGAUCAAAAACAACCCCUUUGAGGUGAAAAUUAACCGAAAGAAGUUUGAUGUCCUGGGGAGGAAAAGCAAACACGAUGUGGGCCUGCCGGGAGUAUCUCGCUCCAAAGCCAUCAACAAGAGAAAAGAGACGCUCUUGAAGGAAUACAGGCAGAAAAACAGGUCCAACAAAUUCAUCGACCGGCGCUUAGGAGAAUAUGACGCUAAGAUGGCUCCAGAAGACAAGAUCCUGCAGAGGUUCACCAUUGAAAGACAGAGAGUUCAUGAAAAGAGAGACGUUUACAACCUGAACGAGGAAGAAGAGCUGACUCAUUACGGCCAGUCAUUGGCUGAAAUGGAGAAGUUUAAUGACGCCGUCGGCAGCGACGAUGAAUCAGAGGAGAAGGGGCUUUUAUCAGCCGAGCUGACCGCCUCCCAUUUCGGAGGCGGAGGGGGUCUCCUGAGGAAGAAGACGUCUGGUGGGGACCAGCAGGAUGAGCAGAGCAGCCAGAAGACCAGAUCCAGGCAGGAGCUGAUUGAAGAGCUCAUCCAGAAGUCCAAGCAGGAGAAGAGGGAGCGUCAGGUGCAGAAAGAGGAGGCGCAGGAGCUGACCGAGAAGCUGGAUCAGGACUGGAAGAGCAUCCAGGCUCUGAUGGUGAAAAAAACACCCAAAGCCGAGCAUGAGGACAAACCGGAGGAGAAACCUAAGCCGGAGGAGUACGACAUGAUGGUCCGAGAGCUCGGCUUCGAGAUGAAGGCUCAGCCCUCAGAGAAGAUGAAGACCCCCGAGGAGCUGGCCAGGGAGGAGAAAGAGAGGCUGCAGAAGCUGGAGGCCGACCGUCUGAGGAGGAUGAUGGGAGACGUAGGCGGGGACAGUGCGCAGAGUCACGCCCACGUGUCGGCGGACGACCUGAACGACGGUUUUCUCCUGGACAAACACGACAAGAAGACUCUCUCCUAUCAGGACGGUAAAUGGAACAUUGCAGAGGAGAGCGAAGGUGAUAAAGAAGAGGAGGCAGAGAGCGGAGAGGAAGAUGCUGGGACAGAGGAGGCAAAUGAGGAGGAAGAUGAGGACAGUGAGGAGGAGGAGGAAGAGGACAGCAGCGAAGACGAAGACGGCCACUCGGACCUGGAGUCUGAGCAGGAGAGCGAGAACGAGGAGAGCGAGGGGGAAGGUGAAGCGCGCCGCCCCCCGAGUCUGAGCAGAGAGGAGCUGAUGGCCCGGCAGGAGGCGGCCAAAGCGGAGCUGCCCUACACCUUCACCGCGCCCGAAAGCUACGAAGACCUGAAGGGCUUGCUCCACGGCCACAGCCCCGACAACCAGCGCCUGAUCCUAGCCAGGACCCAGAAGUGCAACCAUCCCAGUCUGGCCGCAGGCAAUAAGCUCAAGCUGCAGAAACUUGUGGGCUUUCUGAUGGAGUACCUGGGAGAGUUGGCCACCAGGAGCCCACCUGAGCUCAGCGCCGUAGAUAAGCUCAUCCCGGAGCUCUACACUUUGUGCCAAAUGUUUCCUGAGGCAGCCUGCAAGUCGAUGCAGAGCAUCCUGGGAGACGCCGCUCACAGCAUGGAGGAGGUGAUCGAGGUUAAAGGUCUUGCUGCUUUCCCAACAUUAGACAUGCUGGUUUACCUUAAAGUGACGGCGCUGCUGUUUCCCACCUCAGACUUCAGACACCCUGUCACAACGCCGGCGCUGCUUUACAUCAGCCAGGCGCUCACCAAGUGUCCUGUGAGAUCACUACAGGACCUGACCUCAGGUUUAGUGCUGUGCUGUCUGGCCGUGGAGUACGUCUCCUUCUCCAAGCGCUUCCUGCCGGAGCUGAUCAACUUCCUGAGCGGGACGCUACGUCUGGCCGUGCAGGACAAGGCCUCCGCGGGCUGCGUGGUGGUGCCCCCCUUCAGGCCAUCGGGGAAGCACAGCGAUCUGCUGGUGUUAUCCAGCGCGGAGUCCUGCAGGAGCUGGAGCGAGAUAAAACUGCCGCUGGUGUCCACCCAGCAGCUGGAGCUCAACAGCGAUCUGGACAGAGAUCACUACAGGUUGAAUUGCUUGUCUACUUGCCUCGACCUGGUGAAGAGAUGCUGCCUGCUCUACAAAGACCUCACCUCCUUCACACACAUCUUCCAGCCAAUCAGAACGCUUCUUUCCAAGCAUCUUUCCAGGCAAAACUUACCCAGUCCUUUACAGGAGCUUCACAGGGAGAUCUUGGAAGCCAUCAGCAGUGCUCCUGUGACUCACACUCGGCUAGUUUUCGACAAGAAGAAGCCGAUUCCCCUGAAGCUGUUCACACCAAAGAUUGUGGAAAUCUUGGACUAUGGAAAGAAGCGCGGAUGCACCAGGGAGGAGAGGGAGAAGGAGCGACUAAAGCACAAGUACAAAAAGGAGUUCAAGGGAGCGCUGAGGGAGAUCAGGAAGGACGCUCGCUUCCUGGCCAGAGAAAAGCUCAACGAGGUCAUGAACAGGGACGAGGAGAGAAAGAGGAAGGUGAAGAUGCUCCUUGGCAGUUUAGCCACUCAGGAGGGAGAGUGGAAAGCUCUGAAGAGGAAGAAGAGGAAAUGAAAUCCACGAUCUUAGUCUUGUGCUUUUUGAACGGACUGAGCUGUUAGUUCCCUUGACAAGCAGACAUUUGUGGAAUUUUGUCAGAUUUUUUACGACUUGCUUGGCUUUUUUUUUUUUUUUUUUUCCCUGAAAUUUGUACUGAUUGAGGGUUUACCAUCAUGAUUUCACAUUAAAGUAAUCACAGUUUCUCA